GUUUCAGCACAGGAAGUGCAUGGGUGUGUUUCCGGCCCCGAGGGCGGGACUAAAACUGCAACGAAGAACUUCCUAAAGACACCGACAGUGUUUGCAGAUUCACACGAUGGAGCUGCGGCCAUUUGUCAUGUGCUUUGCCCUCUGUGUGGUGUACGCUACCAGCAAACCCACAGAGAAAAAGGACCGUGUCCACCACGAUGAACCCCUCAGCAACCGGGCACACGAAGACUCUGAGAACUUUGACUAUGACCAUGAGGCUUUUCUGGGACAAGAUGAGGCCAAAACCUUUGACCAGCUUACACCAGAGGAGAGCAAGGAGAGAUUAGGUAUGCUGGUUGAGCGUAUAGAUGAGGAUAAGGAUGGCUACGUGACAGUUGAGGAGAUGAAGAGGUGGAUCAAGCAUGCUCAGAAGAGAUGGAUCUACGAUGAUGUGGAUAGACAGUGGAAGAGUCAUGACCUCAACGGAGAUGACGUAGUAUCCUGGGAGGAAUACAAGAAUGCCACAUAUGGGUACAUUCUAGAUGACCAAGACCCUGAUGAUGGCUUCAGCUAUAGGCAGAUGAUGGCUCGUGAUGAGAGGAGAUUUAAAAUGGCUGACCAGGAUAAUGACAUGAAAGCCAACAAGGAGGAGUUCACAGCCUUCCUUCACCCUGAGGAGUAUGACCACAUGAAAGACAUUGUGGUUCUGGAAACCAUGGAAGACAUUGACAAAAAUGGGGAUGGUUUAAUUGACCUGGAUGAGUACAUAGGUGACAUGUACAACCAGGAGGGAGAUGCCACAGAACCUGAGUGGGUAAAGACAGAGAGGGAACAGUUUACCGAAUUCAGAGACAAAAACAAAGAUGGGAAGAUGGACAAGGACGAGACCAGAGACUGGAUCCUUCCCAGUGACUACGACCACGCUGAGGCUGAAGCCAAACAUCUGGUCUACGAAUCCGAUGCAGACAAAGAUGGCCAUCUGACCAAAGCAGAAAUCGUGGAUAAGUACGACCUGUUCGUGGGCAGCCAGGCAACUGACUUUGGAGAGGCUCUCACUAGACAUGACGAGUUCUAACACCUUCCUGCCCCAAAGACUGUGCUCAUUUUGUUUCCCACCUUACUCCUCUGACUGUAAAUGGAGUGUUUCAGUCAAGAUGAACUUGCCUAAUCCAACGCCACGGACAGUAAUUUAUUUGAUUUCUUGAAUGUGCUGCAUUGUACACUCGCUAACAUUCAGAGUUCUGUAUCCAUGCUUGGCCAGUGUUGUCACAAUCAGUUGUGCAUCAAAUUGGAAUAUAUCUCCAGCUUUGUUCUGCUUCUUUACACUACCCUUGCCUUGUCCAGGUCAGGCAAUGGACAAGCAGUGUUAAUGUUAAACUACACUUUUUUUUUUUUUUCUUGGUAUUUUUACAAAAUAUAGCCAUGUUUUGUUAUGAAAACCUUGAUAAAGCCACAAUUAGCUGUGCAGGAUACACUAUAGUUUGUUUUGCUCUUUUUGUUUUUUGCAAUGCACUGGACCAUGAAGAGUAAUGAUUUUGCGCUGUUAGAAUUUGUUUUACUUCUGUCUAUUCAUGUUUGAGGCCCAAACAAAAAACACUUGUUGCUGAUUCACAUGUGCUUUUUUAAUGUCUUUAUUGAUCAGAAUGUAGUUAUGAGGGGGUAACUCAUGUUCAGGAUGAUGGGAAAUUACUAAAUUCUAGUGACAAUGAAGACUAUUUGAACUAGUGCAAUAGUAAAGUGCAAAGUAUCAAUUGUGGGACCGUACUGUUUUUGCUCUACUGGACCAUCCAGUUAACACAAACUGAGUCCCACAAAAGGUCGGGGGUUUGCUGUUUGUUAGUUGAAGGAAUCUCGAUUAACUUUGAAACUGUUUUGUCUUUGAAAGCUGCCUCAUUUCUUACUUUAUCACCUCAAAGUGUGUGUUUGUGUGUGUGUGAAUCUUUGUGUGUGUAUAUAUAUUACUUGUGUUUUUGAUGACUGUUUUCCCUUUUUUAUGUUUUGACUUUUGUUUGACUUCUGCUGAACUAACUCUUUUGUGUGCCAAGCAAAACAAAAAAAAACCCUUAACCCUUUUUUUUGUAAGCCGUUUGACAAAAUGCCCCUCCCUUCCAAAAUGCCUUCCCCAACUUAAUCUCGGGAGCACCCUAAAUAUGUUUGUUAUGCUUCUAUUAUCACUACCACCAUUUAUAACCACUGUUGACAAUUUUUAUGGUAUACUAUAAAUGUAAAUGAAAAUGUUUUUUUACAGGCUCACCGCAGCAACAAGCUUUUCACUUGUGACUUUACUGUAAAUAUGUUGGUCUGCAAACUGAGCACUCUAACAAUCAGGUCCCAUUUUUGUGAUUGAGAAGAAUGUCUCAAUAAAAAAUAAAACAUU